AUGGUCAGGAGUCAGGACGCAUUCGACGCCAUCGUGAUGGCGGAUGAGAGGUUUCACGGGGAAGGGUAUCAGGAAGGCUAUGAAAAAGGAAGUAGUUUGGGUAUGAUUGAAGGAAGGCAGCAUGGCACGUUUCAUGGAGCUAAAAUCGGAUCUGAGAUCAGGUGCUACCAAGGUUUCGCUUUUGCUUGGAGAUGUCUCCUGCACGGUUGCUCCACUGAGAAAGACAGCAAAUAGAUGAAGGUCUUAGAAUCGUUGAUUGCAAUGAUUCAGAAAUUCCCUUAUGAUGACCCUACUUAUGAUAAACUUCACGAAGACUUAGACAAAACUAGAGGGAAAUUUAAGCAGCUUUGUUCAUUAUUAAACGUUCAGCCCAACUUUAAAAUUAGCACAGAAGGUUCUGGACUUUCAUUUUGA